AAAACACUAGCAAAUAUUCCCGGGAUUGUUAUUUAUUUGUAGAAAUACGUAAAGUAAAAUUAUUUAGUGUUACAUUCCAUUUUUUUUUCAAUCAUUUUGUCUGCCAAUUUGUGUAUUAUAAUUGUUGUCUUUGCGUCUGUGCAAUUUUGUCAGACACCACCGUGGUAUAUUUAUUAUAUUAUUCAAUAAAAUAUUCCCCUAUAAUCAUGUAUGUAAGUAAUUAAAGUUGAUUAUUCUUGUAGGUCAAUUAAUGACAAUUGCAAAUUAUGAAGAAAGUGUGACUAAAAGUGGUUUAUUUGACUAUUAUUGCAAUAAUAUUAGGAUGUAGUUCUCAAAAAUGCAAGAAAUUUGGUGUUUUUAGGUACUAAAUUUGUUGAUGAGACGGCGAGUGUAAUUUCUUCUGUAUAAAUUUGAUAAAUUGAAAUUGUGUAAUUCGAUUUUGAUGAAAAUUAAUAAUGCUUUCGCGUGAGAAGAGGCAAAGCUCUUGCAUAAAAGGCAAAUUUGUCAAUAAGAAAAAUUGUUAACUAUCAUUACUCAUGGCAAUGAGACAAAGGCGAGAAAGUGUAGUACAAUUAACAAAGAGAAGAAAAUUAUCUAAAGGAAAAUCCGCCCUCUUCUCUGCAUUACAUUUAUCCUCACACUCAAAAUUGCAAUUAUAAGAUACACAAUGUAAAAGUGUUGGAAAUUUGAAUCUUCUUCCCUGGAAAUUAAAAUUGUUCUAAGGUGAUAUUGAAAGAAGAGUGAAAUAAAGAAAUCAGUUGCAAAGUUUGAGCUUUUUGGAUCACCCUGUCUAGUAAGAGCACAAGAUGAGUAUCGAUUUUUGGCCACUGUCACAACAAACUCCGAUUCUUUCUGUGUAAAAUUGCCUUUCUGCUCUUCAAAUAGUCAGUGAUUGACAGUGAAAAGAUAAUGAGAAUAUCUGUGAUUCAUUUUAUGUGGUUUUGAAAAUUGAAGAAGUUAAAAAUGAAAGGAAAAAUCACAUCGAAGAGCAACGACGAAAGUCUCAAAACUUGUCGUGAACGAUCUACUCCUGAACAGCUAAAGUAUCUCUUUCAAUUCAUGACCACCAACGUGAAUUUGAUUGAAGGGCGAAAAAAUCAGUCAAAUUCCAGGACAUUCUGGAAGAAACUCUCGCAAGAACUCAACAAUCUGGGACCUCCAAAGCGUUCUAUUGCCGAAUGGAAGAAGAUUUGGGCAUCCAACAAGUUCAAGCUGAAGAAGAAGCUCUCAGUGGAGCACACAUCAAAUCGAAUGAGAAGCUUCGGAUGUUCCAUAAAUUCUCUAGAUACUCAAAUCAAAGGAGCUUUCGUGCAAAAAUCUUCACAUGACAAAACUCAAUCAGGACAUGUUAUCAAUGGAAAAGUAAGACACUUUUGCAGAAUUUGCCUACAAUAUAGCACUGUGAUGAAGACUCUUGAGAGCAGCCUUAUGAAUAUGUACGCUGUGUUGAUUGGCAAGCCUCUUGAAUCCCAUGGAAUCACUCUCAUCUGCGAGCAGUGCUCUGCGGAACUCGCGCGAGCCUACAAAUUCCGACUCCUCUGUCUGGAGACGGAAGAGAAAAUCCUCAAUCUGAAAUCAACAGAUGCGCCAAAGCCGCAAUUGACUGACUCAGCAGCUCAUCAACUAUGCAGUCUCUGCGGAAAGAUGCUGAAGGCGGAGAGUAUGAAAGCCCAUGUGAAGCGUCACGAGGCAGAUCAAGAGGAUCCCGCUCUGCGUCCCUUCGUCUGCAGUGAUUGCGGCCGCUCUUAUCGGACACUGUGCAAUCUCCAGAGCCACAUGUCCUACACCCACACAAAGACCAAAGCCUUCAAGUGCCGCCACUGCGAUGUCAUCUUCUCCUCCUACUUCCGCAGACGUCUGCACGAGACAACGUGCAGACUGCAGCAGCAAACGCCAGCCUUCGCCUGUCCCAUCUGCCAGCACGGCUUCCAUCAUCCCUCCAAGAGAGAUGAUCACGUGCGCACUCGCCACACGUACGAGAGGCCCUUCCAAUGCUCCGACUGCGAGAAGAGCUUCUUCACAAAGAGCGUCCUUCGUCGUCACGUGAGGAUCCACGCCAAGGAGCACAGAGUCUCCUGUUCCAUAUGCAGCUGUAGACUUCGUUCCUGGCGCUCUCUUGCCGCCCACAUGACGAAGAAUCACUCUGAUCAGGGAAUUCCCCCACCUAGGCUCCAAUUGUGUCAGGAAGCAAUCUCAGAACCAAGUUCGGGCAGAACUCUCGACAGUGGAGAAGAUAAAAUAAAUCAUUUAUCCUAA